CCUCGUCUCUGCCUGCGAAUGCCUGACUCGAGUUUGGGGUGUGCAACAAAACUAAUCAAGCAACACACCAUGGAAACCAUUGGCGAGAUCAUCCCAUUCGCUAAGGAGAUGCUGCACCAGAGGCCCACCCGGGGCAUGCUGAAGAUGUACAUGCUCGGCUCCACUCUGGCGAUGCUCGGAGUCGUUGGUGCAAUGGUGGAAACUGUUCUCAUGCCAUUUGUGGAGCAGGAGUCUGUGGAGGAUGCACCAGCAGAGCUGAUUAUGGAGAAGAAGAAGAAGGAGGAGAAGCAGGAGUUAAAGUCACACACCACUGUUAUUUGCCCUGACGUUGUGAACGUGCUGGAGAUGGUAGCGAUCGAGGCCAAGGCCAAACAUCUGGUGACUGCUGUGCAGAGAAGCUCAACCCGUUUACACGCUUCUUAAAGAAACCGUCCCCUCCCGGUGUAAAUGGACAUGACACUUGAAAUGUUGAUGGUGGGGGUGGUAAAUUAAAUCACCGUGUUGAACUGGUCACUUUGUACUCGUUCUGUUAUUCCAGAUUUGGUUAAAGAUGCAAUUUGCCCCCGUCGACUGACAAAAAAUGAGAAGAUACACUGAAAACUGUAGAGUACAGUAAAGUCUGGCUGCUGGGCAGCAGAUACUCGUGGAUGAUGUGACUUGAUGAAUGUGUUGGAGAAAAAGCUGAAUGUGUGUGACUGAAUUCAUUUUGCACUGGAAUAAAGUGAUUUUACAGCGAG